CGCAGCAGCGGCAUGGUGGAUGAUUCUGGACAGCGCCUGCGCAGUGUGGAUCUGGAAAUGCGGCGGUGAGAGAUUGGAAGAUGAAGAAUAAAAAGUGCGGGGGAUGUGGGGAGGACCUUGACAUCGCCAGGCUGAAGCAGGAGAUCAUCCGGAUGCACGAGAGGGAGAAUCACGACCUGUUGGAUCACCUCAAGAGCCUCGAGAGUGCGAUCCAGGAGAAGAAGCUCAAGCUUUUGGAGAAGGAGCUCGAUGGCAAGCACAAGAUCACGUGUGAGUACGAGUCCCGAUGCAAAGACGACGAUGGUGGGAGCAUAAGUUUGAGCAUCGACGUGGAGAAGAAGGAUGGGCUCCUCCGGAAAGAACAAGGCAGAAGAAAGCAACUUUUGCAGCGUGUUUUGGCACUCGAGGAUGAAGUGCGACGGGUCCAGCGGAGGAAAGAGCGCGAGAGGAAGUUUUUCGAGGUGGAGAAUGAUACGCUCCAGAGGAAGGCAACAAUAGGUUGGAUAUUGGGCACUCUAUCUGAUAUCGUCCUGGAAGACAAGCCUCAAGGCGGAGCCGAGUGCAUCAUGAGGCUGGCACGCAAGAUCCAGCGGGAGCUGGAGACGAGAGAAACCGCGGCCGAGCUGGACCGCCUGGAGCGGGAGGUGGAAAGGCUGGUCGACUACGCGGACUCUCGGCCGGGGAUCACACUGGACAUUGAAGGGAAUGGGCCUCAGGUAAUUUUGAGCUGGAAGAAGGAUCAUCACAGCCAGCAGAAGAGUUCGUCGCGUCGUUGUCGUCGUCGGCGUUGUCGUCCCUGUAGAACAGGCCAGUAAGCCAGUCCUCGAGAGUUUUCGCACA